AUGUCCACCGGAGAGGCAUGUGCCUGCUCUUUACGGGCGCGACUCCACCAGAUUGAAGAUGCUCGCAGUCGGGAAAUGGAGGCUCAUGGAUCGCUAGUUCGAAAGCUCGAGUGUGAACUGGAAACUCGACGAGGCAACGAGACUGAGCUUCAACACACAGUUGCCAAGCUCCGAGCAGAAAAGUUUCGCAUUGAAGCGAUGCGCGACGCGGCAGAGGCAAAGUCCCAUCAGAUUCUUAAAACGCUGGAAAUUCAGCGUAUCGAGAGUUUGAAGCGUGAAGAUGAAUUUCAAAAGUUCCGUGAGGGUAGCAAGCGUCAGCAGAGAGAUGAUCAAUAUAAGAUUAGUGAACUCAUGAGCGAGACACGAAAACUUAGUUCUGAGUUAGGCAAAUGUACGGCUUCCUUGAACAGCGCGAAUCAUAACAUUAAAAUAUUAGAAGUGACGAAUGAAGAGCAUACUUCGCGAGCAAAGAGUCAGGCAACGGCGAUGAAAGAACUUUUGGAUCGAUUAGCUGGUAUGCAAAGCGAAAUACAGGCAGCAUCAGUGCGCUCAGAGCUGACUCUUUCAGAUCUCACUACCUCUCGAGAGCAACAGAAGCUUCUGCAUGGAGAGAUUCAGGAAUUAGAGCGACGAAUGUAUCGCCUAGUUCUGUCUCGGAAUCGAGCAAUUUAUUGGAGACAAAAUCGACAGGAGAUGUGGGAGAAACAAUUCCUACUGCAAGGCACAUUCCUCACUUGGGUGUCGCUUUUUAGAGAAGAAAAAGGGCGAUCCACUGUUGAACGUCACGAAAACACUCAAGCUCAACUUCAGGGAAUUAAAACGGAUAUAUCAAGGUGCAGCUGUAAAGCAAAAGAAAUUUUGAAAAGCGCUCGACAAAUUUGUACAAGCGAGCGUAUGCGAAUCGUAUCAGUGCGCAACGACGUUAUCAAAACGGAGAUUCCUAAAGUUCUGGAACUGAUUGAAACGCAGAAAGUUGCUUAUGAAAGUCUGCAAAGAACUUUUGAAUCGCAAAUUCGAACACAGCAAGAGGUUACGGAUAUGGAAAGAGAACGGCAUGGCAUGCUAAACCAAGAUACCGAACAUUGUAUAAAAGCUCUCAAAACUGCUUUGCAAACAAAUUUUAAGCUCUUGAGAAUGCAACAACGCGCCAUUCUUCUAGUAAUUUCUACCAGGAAAAGGCGAGAAUUCAACCGGCGCAUUUUUAGCUGUUGGAAAGAAUGCUAUCUGCGAUCGACAAUCGGGCAAGCUAUACAUACGGCAAUGAUUUUUCGAUCGCAGCAUCCACAGCUUUAUAAUGUGAACUCGUUCAGUUCGAUUGUGAAUCAUGGAGAGUUGCAGUUUGUGCCGUCCGCCAAAAAACCACAUUUGAGGCAGCAGUUUAACUCUGAUUGCUCUAUCACUUCUGAGCUCAGUAAACCAACUGACAUGAUGUGGGUUAAAUGGCGGCGUAGGGGAUGGUAA